GCUCGGGCCGGCGGCAGGCGGGCCUCGCAUACCCGACAGCCUUACCUGCGACUCUCGCGGCUUCCAAGGCUCACCCGGCGGCGGCCAAGGCAGAUAAGCCGACGCAACGACUCGGCCGUCGCGUCCCGUCCCCUCCGUGUGUUGUCGUUCCCCGUUCAGCCGGUGCCCGGGGUGUGCUGUGAGGGCCCGAGGCCCGAAAAAGAGAUCGUCACCCCGUCGCGGGAGCACCGAGAUACCGUAUACCCCGACGUGGGACGGUGGUGGAGCGUCGCCGGACCACGCGGCUUCGCGUGUCGUCCCGUCUCGCCGUGCGGAUCUUCGUCGUCCUGGCGGUUGCGAGCGUGCCUGGAUCUUGCCCAGACCGCGCCUGUCGUUGCUCCGUCGAGGUUGCUUCCAAUUUCUGACUGAACUGACUACAGGAUUUUCGCCGUGAAACAGCUAGUGAAAUCAAGGGCCUGGGAUCAUCUCACCGUGCUGCCUGCGAGCCGGAACGAUAGGAUGACCACCGGUAGAAGAAAGGAUCGCCAAGAAAGAGGAGCCCGUUGCUUGCAUCGCGGAUGAUCCUAUUGAAACGAGCAUGGUGCUCCGGGGCCCGGCUGGAAGCGGCCAGCCUGCCGAGCCGAGGGACCCCGGAUGCAGAUGACCUGCGCAGCCCCAUGAGGCAGGACGGGAUGGCCGUCAAGUGGGAGAAGCUCUCCCCCGCCGAGUUCCAGCAGCUGCAGGACUACGUGCAGUACUCAUCCAAGAAGCUUCCAGACGUCCUCGAGGAGUUCAAAGAGAAUGGAGCACUCUCCAAAUAUAACGCCGAAGGAGACAUCGACUUGGAGGGCUUCCAGGCGUUCAUGGAUACCUACCUGGAGAUGGACACUCCUCGGGACCUGGUCAAGCAUCUGUUUCUGUCGUUUGUCCGCAAGCCUGCUCCCAGUCGCCCGCCAAUCGCCGACGGACGGCUCCUCAAGUUCCGUCAUCUGGUGGCGGGAAAAUUUCAGAAGGACGAAACGCUAGAUGAAAGGAAGACAGCCGUUUUGCAUAGGACGCUUACCGGUGGUUCCCUUGACAAAAGCGCCAAGAUGGCGGCGGUGACGUCCACGACGGCGUGCGCGCCCAUCACGUCGCACACGCACCACAGCGGGUCCCUGCCGGAGCUGGCCAACAAGCAGGCGCAGGGCGCGGCGGUCCUGUCGUCCACCGGGGCGGCCCCCGACGCCUCCUCGGGGGCGGCCCGCCGCGACGAGAGCGCCAAGCCGCACCUGCACCUGGGUUUCGCGGAGCGCUUGCACGGCCUCACCGAGAAACUGCACAGCAUCGGCGGUCACCUGCGCAGCGAGGGCGACAGCUCUGCCAGGACCCGCACCGGGAGCGCCUCCAUCCAUCCGGUCGUGACGGUGACGCAGAACUACGGAGACUCGACGGACUCGUCGCCCAACCAGAGCCAAGUAUCCAGGAAUUCUUCGAGGAAGUCAAACAGCUCUCUUCUGGUGCACAGCGUGGACCUGAAGCCCCUGCGGAAGACGAGCAGCCACAUCGACGUGCACACGGUUCGCGUGCCUCUGAAGGACAUCAUCUGCUACCUGUCGCUCAUGGAAGCCGGCCGUCCCGAAGACAAGCUCGAGUUCAUGUUCCGGUUGUACGACACGGAUGGCAACGGCUACCUAGACAACAAUGAGACUGAGUGCAUCGUGAACCAAAUGAUGAGCGUGGCGGAGUACCUGGGCUGGGAUGUAUCCGAGUUAAAGCCGAUCCUCCAAGAGAUGAUGGUGGAGAUCGACUACGACGCCGACGGCACCGUGUCCUUGGAGGAGUGGAAGCGCGGUGGGAUGACCACCAUCCCGCUGCUCGUACUUCUCGGCCUGGACGCCAACGUGAAAGACGACGGCAACCACGUGUGGCGCCUGAAACACUUCAACAGGCCGGCAUACUGCAACCUCUGCCUCAACAUGCUUGUCGGACUCGGAAAAAAGGGUCUCUGUUGCGUCUUCUGCAAGUACACAGUCCACGAACGCUGCGUCCAGAGAGCACCGGCUUCUUGCAUCAACACUUACGUCAAAUCCAAGAAAAGUUCUCAGGCUCUGGUUCACCACUGGACGGAAGGCAACUGCACUGGCAAGUGCAGCAAGUGCAAAAAGACCAUCAAGAGCUACAACGGCAUCACGGGCCUCCACUGUCGCUGGUGUCAGAUGACGCUUCACAACCAUUGUGCACCGCAAGUCAAGCCAGACUGCGCGCUUGGACCACACCGAGACCAUAUCCUACCGCCGACAUCUAUAUGCCCUGCAGUUCUGGAGCGGCAACGAAGUGUCACCAGUGGUCAGAAGAAAGCUUUGUCCCGAACGGAUUCCAACAUGGCUUCCGAAAGCAACCAAGGCAGUGUUUCUGCAAUGUCAUUCCAAGUCACACCCGUUACCGGAACACAUCCCCUCUUAGUUUUAAUCAACCCCAAAAGUGGUGGUCGACAGGGUAUGAGGAUACUGAGGAAGUUUCAGUACUUACUAAAUCCUCGACAAGUGUACAAUGUUUCCAAAGGGGGACCAAUCCAAGGAUUACAGUUUUUCAAGGAUGUUGUAAGCUAUCGAGUGCUAUGCUGUGGUGGAGAUGGCACCGUGGGCUGGGUGCUAGAUACAAUUGACAAGCUCAACUACACCCAGCUUCCACCGGUCGGAAUCCUUCCCUUGGGAACUGGGAAUGACUUGGCACGGUGCCUGCGGUGGGGACCAGGUUAUGAGAGUGAAAGCCUCGAGAAAAUUCUUCAAAAAGUUGAGAAAUCAACAACGGUUAUGAUGGACCGAUGGAAAAUUGACAUUAGCAACAUGGCCAACUCAGACGAGCGUGGAGAUCCUAUCCCUUGCAACAUCUUCAACAACUAUUUUUCCAUUGGUGUGGACGCUUCUAUUGCAAUUAAAUUCCACCUUGAAAGGGAAAAACAUCCAGAAAAAUUCAGCAGCAGAAUGAAGAACAAAAUGUGGUAUUUCGAGUUUGCCACAUCUGAGACCUUCUUUGCCACCUGCAAGAAUCUCCAUGAUGAUGUGGACAUAAUGUGUGACGGUGUGUCCCUGGAGCUGUCCAACGGCCCUUCGCUGCAGGGCAUCGCAGUGCUCAACAUCCCGAGCAUCUAUGGCGGCUCCAACCUUUGGGGUGACAAUGCCGCCUCACGCAAGCGGUCCCGAUCUAAAAAGCGCAAAAAGCACGACAGAGACAUUUCUACGAAUAGCUUCAACUCAGUUGAUCUCAGCAGUGCUGUGCAAGACAUCGGAGACCGCAUGAUUGAGGUGAUAGGUCUGGAGAGUAGCAUGCACAUGGGGCAAGUAAAAGCUGGCCUACGAGCUUCUGGGAGACGACUUGCGCAAUGCACAUCUGUGGUUAUUAGGACGAGGAAAAGGUUUCCCAUGCAAAUCGACGGCGAACCGUGGGUUCAGCCUCCUUGCACAAUACAGAUCACCCACAAGAACCAGAUGCCAAUGCUGAUGGCACCAGCACCAAUGAACAAGUCAAGAUUUCCCUUCUUUUCACUUAGAAAGUCGUGAUUUUAACUAGACAUGUGGUUGAUUGUGCCAUUAACAGUUCAGUUAUGUUUUAGCUCAUGCCGCUUUUUUGUCAUAAUUUAUAUAUUAUAAUUAUUUAUUGUGACUGACAUCUAGCUUUAUGCGUGUAGUUUUGUUUUGUUUGUUUUGUGAGAGCGUAUUGGUGUAGAAAUUAAGUUAGAGCCCUGGAGAACACGACAGAUAAAAGGAAACUGACAUUCUCCACAAGGGUGCUUGUGAUGUUAUUUUGAUGCCUUAAAGUUUGAUGUUCCAUUUAAGUUAUGAACAUGUUGCACAUGUGAUCUUAAUCUGAAUAUGAUGUCUCAUGAGUGUUUUUUUUAUUAUUCUGAAGUAGAUUAUGUCAAUGCACACAUAUCCAGCUACAACUGAGCUCACAGUCACCAAAGUCUAUGGUCAGUGAAACUCGGACCACUAUGUCGGAUAUUUCUUGUAAGAGAAAUGUACUCCACUCCACCGUGUCACGCUUGGCAUGCCUUCUUUUGCAUCGACAUGUGGCAGAAUUCUACUGCACUGCAUAAUAUAUACUAAUAAUAUGUAGAUAAUGUGUACAACAAAGCACAGAAAUGUCGCUUUCAGUUAUACUUAUGCUUGUGUACAAGUGCAAUUGUUGCUAUAGACAUCACUUUUUUGUCGGGGGUGUAAAUAAUGUCCUAAUUAAGAUCUCCAAGAUCUUUGAGGGCAUUCAGGCCGGCUGCUGUCCUUUUCCUGUACAUUAUACUGCAUAACUACAGUGUACUGGAAUGUCGUUGCUCUCAUGUGCUCAUAACGUUUCUACUAGGUCUUCAUUGCUUACUGCCUAUGCGCAGCAUCAUUACUGAUGUUUCUUAAUUUCAUAACAUUGAAAAUCAUAUCUUCGUCAAUACACGCAUCUUAUAUCCGUCAGCGCAUCUGGCUUCUAUGCUUCUCUGUAUAUCGUGCCUUAGUAAAACAGGUACAAAAAUCUUUUUUUUUUGUGUUCAUUUUUAUGUUUUACUCCAGGCAAAUGUUUUUAUCUUGCUUUUUCAGAAUUCAGUCAAGUGCAUACCCCAAACUCUAACUUAUAUAUAUAUAUAUAUAAAGGCAUAUUCACACACACGAGCAUGUGAGAUAGGUAUAAAAUAUACUUAUAUAUCAAGUGCAUAAUUCAAUGACCACAUUUUAAAUAUUGUUCGCUAGUUUUUUGUGUUUUUUUUUUCCCUUUUCGGGUGACGAAUUUUUUUCAUGCUGUAUGUAGAAGGUAGGUUGUUUUAUUAUUUUCCUUGUAAGCUUUUGCAGCUGCUCAUUAUUUAACAUCAAGGAUCUAAUAUAAGGUCUCGUCUCUGUAUGGUAUAUUCUAUGAGUAAAUAUAUUCAAAAUGCCCCAUAACAGACCUUUGAAAUAUAGAAUAACCUUCUCGGAAUAUGGUCCUACUGUGUGUGCAUACAUGAUGUUUGUUCAUAUAUGUCCAGUAACAAGUAAUGAAGUGUCUUAAUACAUUAAGAUUGCAUUACACAUCUUUUGUGUGAGAAGUCGUUUAUUACAAUUUCGGCUGAAGCAAACAGCCAAUUUAGCUCAAAGAUUUUCGGUCGCGAUUCGGAGCAAAGUUUAAUAGGAAUCAUGACUUAUAUUUAUUAAAACUACCGAUGUCUCCAAAUUUAAAAAAAUUAAUCUGAAAUUCAUAAUUAUACUAGAAGUGCAACGACUGUUUCUGCAGUUCACAAGGCAAAUCAAAAAGCGUGCAAUAUACUGCAACAUUUCGGUUAAUAUUACUUAUUUAAGAAAGGUCUAAAGAAUGUGCAUUUUACAGCUGUGUGUUUAUUAUUGGUUUAACACCAGUAUUUGUUUUCAGUAGGUUACUUUGACCAUUUUUUAAACAAAUCAUAAUUCAAAAUAUGUUUUUUAAAACAUACAGCGCUACUAGGAGCUGCAUUCUGCAUAGCUGGCCAUCCAACGAAAUUUGUUCAACUUUUAGUUUAUAAAAAAAAAAAACCUAUUAAGUCAGCCCGUACUAAAGUCGAUAGGUAAAUACGUAUUAGGACAAUUGUAGGUAUGGCGGUAUUUAGUCAGGGUGUAUUCAAACAGCUCAUUUUAAUCACGGGUUCUUUCUAAAAACGGGAGUAAGAUCACGUUACGAGUUAUACCUUAAUCGAUCAUACUUUGGCGUUGUGUUCUGGGGAUAACGACGUUUAAUUAAAAUGUUCUGGCAUUUUUGGAAGUUAUAUAAAGUGCAGAAGUAGGCAGACAGUUUUGAAUCAUGACAAACUCUCAGAACAUAACCUUGUUUGUGCAGCCCCCCCCCCUUCCUCCUCUCCCCUCACUCCAUUCUGGAAAUAUCCAUAAAUGUUUAGUGAUAAUAGUCUAAACAAGCCUCAAUGGUAGCAGAGCACGCACCAAUGAAUCGGAAAAUAAACCUGCUGAGAAAGCUGAUAUUUGCAAGGAACGUUUCGCCAUGAGACAGCUUCUUUUCAGGCAUAAUUGAGAUUGUCACAGAGGUUAUAAACAUGUUACCGAUGAUCAUCUGGUGUAUCUGGCCGAAGUUAAGAAUCUUGGUGAAACGCUGGCAGCCAAAUGAGACUUUUAAUGAGGAUUCUUGCCGAACUAAUGAGAGUUUCACUCGAGUGAUGUGUUUUUUUUUUCUCUCGGCAUUAAUCAAAAACCCGCUUGCUUCCCCCUCUAUCGUGUAGAAAGUGCGUCCUGUACAUAUAUAAAUACAGACGUGUAUGGAACUGUUGCAUGUUAGAUGCAGAACCAACCACUGUAAUUUUUUUUUUUGUUUUCUUGUGUCCAAAAGAUACAAACAUGAAACUUGCGCUACUUUGAUCAUACCUGCCGUAGUGGUAUUCUGUACACAGUAUUGACACUUUCCUAUUGUGUGCAAUGUAUCUUAUAUACAUAUUAAUACUUGGUAGUGUCUCGUGCAGUGACAUGUUGAUCGUGCUUUUGUGGCGUUUCUAUUGCUCUUCUUCGACACUCCAAUAAUCGCAGGUUUUUUCCUUCAAACUACAGAUCCCGUUCCACACAUUUUCUCUGUUGCAUGACAUUCUCAGUCAUUUCCUUCUCUUUUUUAGUUUCGACCCUCUAUAUUUAUUCUACCCCACGACUCACUGUUGCUAGAAAGUGUUGCGUGAUGAUUCCUGUUUCUGGAAUCCAGCUUUUGUGUAUGUUAGGCCCAGAGUGGCGUUGUCGCGUAUUGACAUUGCCUCUAUACCUCUUAGUCCGCAUUAACAGUGAACCUAUUAUGAUUUACUUCCAACCUACAUUGGCGUCCAUCGCCGAGAUGAACUUUGCUUUUUAUUUCUUCUUACAUUUCAUUGAACUGGAUGUUGCAGUUAUGAAUUUCUACGAUGUACGAAAAAUAUUUGUACAUAAGAUACUAUGGUAUAUGAAAUGUUUCACAAUCCAGCUAUUUAUUUAUCGUUUACAUGAAUAAAAGUAUCAUAUGUUAUGACAAAA